AUGGCUGCCAAAGUUGACUUGAAAGUUGAUAGAGAGCUUCUAGAUCCAGACUUCGAUGGUUACAAACUUUCUCUCGAUCCAUUACCAGUUUAUUCAACAAGUCUUGAUAAAGAUGUAGAUUUUGCAAAGUUGACAGAAAAACAGUUUUCUUAUCUACAUUCCAAACUAUAUGGAAACUACAAUCAUUUAUUUUCUGACCCCUGGAAUCUAAAUACAGUUUAUUAUGUUGAUAGUCUGUGGAAUAUACACCAAGUUUGUCUUCAAUCUGAAAAUAAGAUAGAAAGUGGUAAUAUUGUAUACAGUAUACCAGAUUCAGCUAAUCUAAGACUAAUUCCAGGAAGAUUCAAUGUGUCCUUGUGUUUUCCAUCAUCUGAACUGGCUGUAUUAUCUGAUGGAACUGGAAAUUUGUUUAUACUGACAACUGGGAAUAGACAAUCUCAGAAUGUUUGGCAGUUUAAAACCAAUAUAUUAGAAGAAGAGAAAUGUUUUUAUCAUCUGUCUGACUGUAUUUACCAUAUAGAUAAUGAAAGUAGUCAUAUUGAAUGUCUUGUUAUACACAUAACUGAUAAUAGCGAAAAAGAUGAAUACCAAACCCAUUUCACUCCUAUUAUAGAUUGGAUAACCAUAUCUACAGGUAAAAUCAAAAAGAGACGUAUUGAAGACCCUAUACCUGAUGUUAAAACUAAAGAUAUUACUGGCCGUAUACUAGAUUAUUGUGUAUUUGAGAAAACUGGUAAAGCAGUACUAUUAGCUGGUGAUAAAGUACUCAAACUAACAAGUGAUUCAGUGAAACCGGUGGUUACUACUAAUUCUAAUGAUGAUGAUUAUGAAAUGAUUGGGGCCAGUAACAAGGAACCAAGAUAUACUUGGAAUCAAACAGAAGAAGAUAUAAGUGUACAGUUUACAGUAAAAGAUAACGUUAAAAAGUCUGAUAUAUAUUUCAUCAUAAAACCUGAUUAUAUUGAACUGGGUAUUAAGAACAGUAAUUCCCACUUACUAUAUGGUAAAUUAUAUAGAACAGUAGAUACAGAGGCUUGUACCUGGACCAUCACUGGACAGAGGUUAGAGUUAACAUUGUGUAAGACUGAUAGUUCUACGUGGAAAGAAGUUGUUGAAGGAGAUGCAUCUGGUGAAUUAGUUUUAGAUUCUCAACAGAUAGAAGCUAUUCAUCAAAGACUGGAAGCCUUUACUUCAGAUCAAAUGAAUCCUGAUCCAGAUUGUGGUAAUCGUGUAUAUAAUAGUCAAGAAUUAGAAGAUUGUGAUUUAGAUACUGGUAUGAUUUUAAUGAGGAUUGAUGGUGAAACUCAUCAGAUAACUCAUCAGGUUAGUAAAUACAGGCUUAACCAGUGGUUAUUUACAGUAAAAUUAGAGCCUGGUAAACCAAAAUCACUGUGUUUACGACAUGAUGUUGAUGGUUGUAUGUGGCAACCAACUGAACCAGUAUCCAGUGGGGUGUCUCCAUGGCAACACGUUGUAACAUUCGAUGCAUUGGGUUAUGUCCAAGCUUCCAAACAACAGAAGAAAUAUUCAUCAAGUGCACCAAAUUGUUCUUAUUCAGUAAUUUGCGAUUGCUCGAAACAUCUGUAUAUUUACCACAGACAUUCUCCUAUAAAUUCUCCACUGCGAAACAGAAAGACUGGCAAACAGGUGAAUACUAUUGCUAAACAACAAGUUAUCUCCCUUGAUACAACAGACGCUAUAUUAGGACUGCAUGCUGCUAAUGAUAAGAUAUUUAUUCUUACAGAAACCAGUUUAUAUGUGAUCAAAAUUUCUAGUGAUAUCUAA